CUGUGCAAAACACCUUCCAGUUCCUCCUGGAGACUUCCAGCAGGGUGGUGCGGGAUUACAACCUGCAGCUUUUCCUGCAAGAAAACUCCGUGUUUCACAAGCCGCAGCCCUUCCAGUUCCAGCCCUGCGACAGCGACACCAGCUUUAACGCGGUGCAGCUGGUGGAUAUUGAGCCCUCUCCAGUCAGUGCUAUGAGAAUGACUAUAGCAGAGAGCCGACAACUGGAAUCGGAAACUGGAACCACCGAGGAGCACAGCCUCAACAAGGAGGCCAGGAAAUGGGCAACGCGCGUCGCGCGGGAGCACAAGAACAUCGUCCACAGCCAGCGGGUAGGUGCGAGAAACACCGCUUCGGCCAUGGGAUUUGUUGCAGCCCCCCGCCACAGCAAAUAG